AUGAACGUUUGUAACGUCGACAACCUCAAAGGUUGUGGAGAGCCUCCGAUUUCCUUUUCUUCCAAGGAAGCCAUUUGCGAGGAAGGCAGCUUGUCUGUCCUCUUUGUCAUUCUCUUCUUCUCCGUUAUCUUUGCCACAAAGCAAAUUUUGUAUCGUCAGCGUAAGAGUAAGGAAAGCAAGAAAAUCGUUCAUGGGAUCAUGAACGAAGCUAACGAAAGCCUCGUGAAGACAAUUGCUCAUCAUGUCGAAGAGAUUUUCGUCAAGCCCUUCAUUCCAACUUCUCUGGAAGACAUGAUUACGACCAUUUACUUUGGAUACUUCUUGCUUACUAUCACAAUGGGUGUGACAAGAUUCUACGAGAAGCACUGGGCCAACGAUCCAUUGGCCCAGCAAGGUCCAUUCAACUUUCUUAGUUGGACCUUUGGUUGUGAAAGUGUUGGCGUUGGCGGAUUGGUCUACACUCCCAAGAUGCCAGAUCUCUUGUCGGAUCCAACUACUAAUGGUGAUGGCAAGAAAAAACAACAAGGGCUAUUCCAAUUUAUCAAGACACGACUCAACAAAGUCACACCCAGUGAUGAUAAUCCAGAAGCUAUUGAGAAGGAGUACUAUGAAACUAUUGAUUGGCUAUUCACCCUUCACCUCGUGAUGGGAACUGCUUGGCUUUCUAUUGGUUUUCUUCAAAUUGUUUGGACUCGCACUGGAUGGUCGAUUGACAAGGAUGUUCGACGCACUGCCCAUCGCAUGUUUGGACGUUUUGCCAUGGUUUCCUUUGUGCUACACAUGGGUGUCGCAUCUCUCAUGGUCUUUCGCAAUCCCGUCAAACAGGCUUUGCCAAUUGUCGUAUUUUAUUGGAUUGAUAUUGCCGACAAUUGGCUCCAGGCCGCAAUGGGAGUCGCUUGGGCCAUUGAAGCCAAACGGCUUCGUGAUGCCAAGGAACCCGACGAGGAACCUCUUUUUGACCAAGACGAAGAAUACCAAAGCGCCAAGAACAUGCACGAAUUUCGCAUGGUGACUGUCUACUUGCGUUCGACCUUUGGCAGUGGAGCCAUUCGCUUUACCGUUUGGCUGUUGUGGCUUGUGGGCAAGUUCCUCCCCUUUGAAAGUCGCAUUCUCAUUGACCGUGGCGAGUGCCAAGCCUUUGCCCAAGUUCUCGGCAGUGACAUGAUGGGACAGGCCGACAUGUGCUUGAAGCCAGUCUUCUUGAACCUCGCUGCCACCGAUGUCUUUGUUGUGUGGCUCGAGUGGCUCUUUGUUUGCGUCUUGGCCCAAGAACACAAACGACUCACUCGUGUUGAUGCCACUGCCACCAAGAUCAAGCUUUACGGUUAUGUCAUUGCUGGAUUUGCAUACGUCGCAACCCUCCGAUCGGAUUCGUCCUUGGCUUCCUAUGCUAUCAUGUUCUAUGCUCUCUGUACCAAGCUCCGCGUGAUUCAUGAUCACAUUGCCCGUUUCAUUCUUAACACCAAUGGUUGUGGUCGUGAUGAGGUCGAGCUCCAUCUUCCAGUAAACAAUAAAAAGGGGGCCAAGAACAUCGCUCGUGCAUCCAUCACCAUUGAUGGAUCCGAGUUCCAUAUUGGUACCAUGGACGAUAUGGACUUUCCAGGUUUGGACUCGUCCGAAUCUUCCCAUGAUGAUUACGAGUACCUUGUUGAAAUCCAUCCCCACCAGGAUUAG